AUGGAAGAAGAUCCCAAUUCCUGUAACAAUGAGCAUCCCACAAUCGAUUUUAAUCAUGAACAAGUUCAACCCCAAAUAGAUAGUACUACACAAUUAUCACCUUCGUCGACUCUUCAAUCGCAUAGUACUUCUCAAAUUCGUCUUUCCAAUGAAAGCAUGAAUCAAAUGAUGUUGGAAUAUCUUCGAGAAAAAGGCUACGAGCAAGAGCCAACUAUGAUAAGGUUAAACAACAAUAGGCCAGAUACUGACUCUUAA